AUGCUGACCUGCUCUGUGGACGAAGACUCAGGAUGGAAGUACUACUGGUUCAGACGUACCUCAUGGUCCUCUACACCUGAGAGAAUAAAAUAUGAUAAACGAUACCGCACUAUCAGUAUUUCAGAAGGAGGAAUCUAUCACUGCAGAGGAGGAAGAGGAGACCCAGUUUUCUAUACAGAGAACAGUAACACCAUCACAAUCAAGAAAGUUUUCAAUAAAUCUGUCGUCACACGGCAUCCCAACUGGCCUCAGAUAUUCAGAGGGGAGACGAUAACUCUGAGAUGUGAGAUCCAGGAUGGUGGAAACAUUCAGUGGGAGUAUGAAUGGAGAACUACCAGUUCAGAAAAAACCCCAGAAAACACUGAACGCUGGGUUAUCAGUACUUCUGAGUCCAGUGAUGGAGAUUACAGGUGCAGAGGUAAACUGAAAAGUGACUCGUUUUCCUCAACAGAGUGGAGUGAUGCCUUCAGACUUGUGUCGUCAUCUGAACCCCGGGCCUCACUGAGAGCAGACAGGAGAAUCAUACCAGCAGGGGGCAGCGUGACACUGACCUGCUCUGUGGACUAUGAAUCAGCGUGGAAGUUCUUCUGGUUCAGACGUACUUCAUGGUCCUCUACACCUGAGACAAUAAAAUAUGAUGCUCUAUCCCAGAACAUCAGUAUUUCAGAAGGAGGAAUCUAUCACUGCAGAGGAGGAAGAGGAGACCCAGUUUUCUAUACAGAGUAUAGUGAAGCCAUCCCAAUUGAGAAAAAAGUUUUCAACAAGGCUGUCGUCACACGGCAUCCCAACUGGCGUCAGAUAUUCAGAGGGGAGAAGAUAACUCUGAGAUGUGAGAUCCAAGAUGGUGGAAGCAUUCAGUGGGAGUAUGAAUGGAGAACUACCAGUUCAGAAAAACCCCUAGAACACACUGAACGCUGGGUUAUCAGUGCUUCUCAGUCCAGUGAUGGAGAUUACUGGUGCAGAGGUAAACCGAAAAGUGACUCGUUUUCCUCAACAGAGUGGAGUGAUGCCAUUACAAUACCUGUAACAUAUAAACCCAAAGCUGUCCUCACUGUGUCUCCAUCAUGGCUGAGUCCUGGAGCCUCAGUAACUCUGAGCUGUCAGGUUGAACAUUCGUCUGCAGGAUGGAGGUUCUACUGGUAUAAGGCUGUUCCUGAUCUAUCAGACAACUCCUACAGUGCUGAGCUGCUGCCUGGUAGCAGCAACGGGACUGAAGAAGAUUCCUACAUUGUUGAUGGACAGACACAGACAGCAGGAUAUGCAUCAUCUGAACCCGGGGCCUAUCUGACAGCAGACAGUAACAUCAUACCAGCAGGGGGCAGCAUGACACUGACCUGCUCUGUGGUCGAAGGCUCAAGGUGGAAGUACGACUGGUUCAGACGUACCUCACCAUCCUCUACACCUGAGACAAUUGAAAAUAGGGAACGAUACCGCACUAUCAGUAUUUCAGAAGGAGGAAUCUAUCACUGCAGAGGAGGAAGAGGAGACCCAGUUUUCUAUACAAAGGACAGUAACACCAUCACAAUCAAGAAAGUUUUCAAAGCUGUCGUCACAUGGCAGCCCAACUGGCCUCAGAUAUUCAGAGGGGAGAAGAUAACUCUGAGAUGUGAGAUCCAAGAUGGUGGAAACCUUCAGUGGGAGUAUGAAUGGGGAACUACCAGUUCAGACAAAACCCCAGAACGCCCUGAACGCUGGACAGCAGGAUAUGCAUGUAGAGCUGGAAGAGGAGACCCAGUGUAUUACACUGAUGACAGUGAACCUCAGUUUGUCUGGUCUGGAGAUUCUAAUUCCGUAGCGUCUCUCACAGUGAUUCCUGACAGAGUGCAACACUUUACCCGUGGGUCUGUCUCACUGAACUGUGAGGGGAACUCGACUGAGUGGACAGUGAUGAGGUUUACUGAAGGAGGCCGCUCGUCGUACUUGUCAGGCUGCAGAAAGAUAACGACUGAAUCUACAUGCAGCCUCGACACAUCACAGUUGAGGAGUGCUGUGUACUGGUGUGAGUCUGGAUCAGGAGAGUUCAGCAGCGCUGUCAACAUCACUGUACAGGCUGCUGGUCUUAUCCUGGGGAGCCCUGUCCAUCCUGUGAGUGAGGGAGCUGCUGUCAGUCUGAGCUGCAUUAUGAGAAGACAGAAGAUAGUGUCCAAUGUUUUUUUCUUUCAAAAUGAGAAACUUGUCCAAAACGAUACCAGAGCUGAGCUGAAUAUCUCUUCAGUGUCCAAGUCAGACGAAGGCUUCUACAAGUGUCAAUAUUCAGGACGAGUGUCACCACAGAGUUGGCUGUCAGUUAAAGCUGUGUCCAGACCUGAACGCUCCUCAUUUCUAGUGUCCUUGAUUGUUGGACUGCUUUGUGGAAUCGUAUUUAUUAUCCUCCUGCUCAUGUUGUCUUUCUACAGAAAGCCCAAGGAGUCAUGCUUUAAUAGGUCAGAGAAUUCUAAUCGGGGCUCCACCACAAAUCAUGGAGUCAACCAGGAUGAAACUGAUGAAUACAACUCGCCUCUCAAUGUUUCUCCUGAAGGUCCCCCUCACCUCUAUGACUCUAUCAGACACUCUGAAGACACUGGAAAUGGUGCAGAGGAAUCAGAAGAUGUUGUGUACUCUUUGAUUGAACUGCAAAACUUCGGAAAUCAGAGGAAGCGGCCUGAGCCAAAGGAUGGUGCUGUUUACUCUGAUGUGAAGAUAGGAGCUGCAGAUACCACUCUGAUGUAUGCUCAAGUCAACCAAAAAAAAGCCAAGGGAAAAAGGGCAAAGUCGAGUCCUGCAGCAGCUGAAGCAGCCGUUUAUUCUGAAGUCCAGUUUGCCGAUGGUGAUGUUGCUGCCAUGUAGGGUGCAUGCUGUGGUCAUUUAUUCUACAAGCUAGUAAAUGGUUUAUAACUCGUAUUGAUAUCCUUACGUCUGGAUUAACCAUACUGCUCUACAUUUGUCAUUGUCUUAAUAGACUGUAUAGAAAGCUGUAUCACCAAAACCAAAAGCCAUUCAUGACACCAUUCUCCAUUCACCACGUUCUUGUAGCAAAGCUUGAAUAUUUGCUGUUUUAAAAGUCAACAUCAGGUAAAAAGUUUGAAAUAUGGGAUAUAUUUCUGAUGUGUAGUCGUGCAGCUUUAGUUUGCUUAUGCAGCAAUUUUCCAUGUGAAAACUCCUUAUUAAUACCAACAAAUAAUACAUCUGAACAUCUUCUUUAAAAAAAAAAAAAUGUUUCUAAUGUUUCUGGCAUUCAGUCGCAUUUAUAUACUUAAUUGUCAAUCUAACUGGACAUUCCACAGUACCUGUCAAGUUGACCCAAGUCCAUUGUAGUAGAUAUUUAAAACCAUUUCCUAAUACUGUAAACCAAAUGAGGUGGUUUUAUUAUGUGUUUCCCCCUACCACUGUGCAUUACACAUUUUAGAUUUUUCUCAAACAUCAGAUAUUUUUACUUUUAAAAGUUAUGUGACCCAUAGAUCAUGUAAAACCUGAAAUACUGUGAAAUGAAGCACAACUUUGGUGAAAGCUGUUCUACUCACUGGACACUUUAUUAGUAAAACCUGCAUGCCUGUAAAUUUGUGCAGUUGUCUCAUCCAACAUGAGGCAGUUGUGGAAUGUGUAAAAUCUGCAGAUACAGCUGAAACGAUUCACUAAGUCCACAUCAAAGAGCCAUAAAAUGUGUGUGGGGGGAAAAAGUCUUAAUUUGUUAAUAUACAUCCCUCCUCUGCAUUCUCUGCUCUCUUGCUCUAAGCCCCUCCCACCAGAUGAGCAUGUGCAUCAAACAGUCGAGCUAGAAUUCAGCGUUAACUUGUGGCUUUAUUGUAACUGCUCUGGGUGAAAAGACCUGUGAUUGGCUGUAAUUUUCUGCGACUGAGAGAACUUCUGUGCCAAAAUACAGCCAGAGCACUGAAGUAACACACAGAAAAAUGGAUGGAGGUUGGGAGGUUAUCACGCUGAUGCUUGUACAGAUAUGAUGCUGUUGUGUAAAAUGUAACUUUAAAAACACCCAAAGAUGCAUUUCGAUCUUUUCUAUAAAGGUUGCAAUGUGAGUUUUUCUGAAUUCCACCAAAUUAGAUGUGUUGCAUAAAGAAUUUAUCCUGUAAGAAACUGUUACAUGGCACACGUGCAUCUCUGGGUGACUUCUUCAGUUGUUUGUGGAUCUCACUGUCUUCAACACAUGAUAUAGAUUAUAUUAUACAGAUAGACAAAAGGCAUGAAAGACAACAAAUAACAGCACAGUCUUCUUCAUUCAACGUUUGUUACGUUCGUACAACUUCUGUGUUUGCGGUCGUGCUCUGCUAUCAAAACAUCAGAGAUGCAGCGUUUUGCAUGUGAACGUCCACAGUUGUGUAAUUACUUAGUCCAAAUGUUCUCAGGGGAAACAGAUUACUGGAAGUGCCGUAUAUUUCUGUCAAAGAAAAUUCAAGGUUUGCAUUAAAAAUAAGUUGCACAGUUCAAA